UGUUCUCCGUUCCAAACUUUGUCUAAACUUUCACUUUCAGCGCUCCGAGGCGGGGUUACAGAGCAGCAUGGAGUAGAGCCGCCGCGAGAAGGAGCCGCAGCAGACCGAGUUAUGCAGCUCCUCGCCUGGUGAAGAAGCCGACCCAGAGAAAGCAAAGUCCAAAAGUAACCAUGUACUCCCCGUACUGCCUGACCCAGGAUGAAUUCCACCCCUUCAUUGAAGCUCUCCUUCCUCAUGUCCGUGCCUUUUCCUACACAUGGUUCAACCUGCAAGCUCGGAAGCGAAAGUACUUUAAGAAGCACGAGAAGCGAAUGUCGAAAGAUGAGGAGCGAGCGGUGAAGGAUGAAUUACUUGGUGAAAAGCCCGAGAUAAAGCAGAAAUGGGCAUCCCGACUCCUGGCCAAGCUACGCAAGGAUAUCCGCCCUGAGUUCCGUGAGGACUUUGUUUUGACCAUUACGGGCAAGAAAGCACCUUGUUGUGUUCUCUCCAAUCCAGAUCAGAAAGGCAAAAUUCGCAGGAUUGACUGCCUGAGGCAGGCUGACAAGGUUUGGAGGCUGGACCUAGUUAUGGUCAUCUUGUUCAAAGGGAUCCCCCUUGAAAGUACUGAUGGGGAGCGGCUAUACAAGUCGCCGCAGUGCUCAAACCCGGGCCUUUGCGUCCAGCCGCAUCACAUUGGAGUCACAAUUAAAGAACUGGAUCUUUACUUGGCGUAUUUUGUUCACACUCCUGAAUCCGGACAAUCAGACAAUUCAAACCAGCAAGGAGAUGCGGACAUUAAACCACUGCCCAAUGGUGAGGAGGAGGAGGAGAGAAUGAUCAGGAGUCACAGAUAUUUGUAG